UUCAGUCUCAUCGCGAGCUCCUCCGCGCAGCCUCCCUGCAUCCGAGCGCGAGCAUCACUGCGCACCGAGCGGAGCUCCGACAGACACCGUACCUCCCCGAGCGGCUCCGUCAGCGAACAUAUGAAGGCUUGUUCCCCCGGACCAGCGGCCUGUUUCCGGUGAUUCUUCUCCUCCGUGCCGUCGCCGCUCUAUGGAUGUGAAGUAACGCGGCGGUGGUCAGUCAGUGUCCCUCCAUCUCUGCUGUUCUCGGUCAGGACCGCAUCCACAAAAUGGCGGACAUCAUCGAGCUGGGACCCGCCUACGCCAUGUCUCCGGUGCUGGCAGGCUUCCUGGGAGCUGGUGUUCUGGUUCUGGUUGUGGUGGUUCUGGUUCUGCUCUGGUCUUUCUGCCAGCGCCGCUACCUUCGUGUCUCUGGACGCUACAAGCUACAUGGCGACCGCUACUGCGAUGCCGAGGACCCGCCCUACAAGUUCAUCCACAUGCUGAAGGGCAUCAGCAUUUACCCAGAAUCCCUCAGCAGCAGCAAGCGGAUUGUCCGCGGCAUCCGGCGGGCCGACCGGUCCGACCGCGACGGGGAGCGAGGCUGCAGCGGCGCCGCAGGGAGGGGAAUGGUGCUGGUGGACGCUGAGAACAACAUCCUGGACGUCCCGGGCCAGCUGCAGAUGAGUCACCUGGUCCCACCGGCGGGGUCAGGCCCCGCCCACAGCCAGGCCCGACUGGAGCGAGCGCUGCCGGUCCGAGCCGACUACUGCUGCCUGGACAGCAGCUCGGCCAGCAGCAGCCAGACCAGCAGCAAGACGGCAUCGCCGUUCACGCCUGCCUCCUCGGAGCCAGAACCCGAGCCCAGCCUGGGGUCCAUCAGCCUCACCGUUGACUACAACUUCCCCAAGAAGGCGCUGGUGGUGACCAUCGUCGGCGCUCGUGGCCUCCCCGCCAUGGACGAGCAGGCAGGCAGCUCGGACCCAUAUGUGAAGAUGACAAUUCUGCCAGAGAAGAAGCACCGUGUAAAGACCCGCGUGCUGAGGAAGACGCUGGACCCACUGUUCGAUGAGACCUUCACCUUCUACGGCGUGGCCUACAGCUCGCUGCCUGAGCUCACCCUGCACUUCCUGGUCCUCAGCUUCGACCGAUUCGCCCGCGAUGACGUCAUCGGGGAGGCUGUGGUGCCACUGAAGGGCGUCGACCCGAGCACAGGCCGAGUCCAUCUGAGCCAGCAGAUCACCAAGAGGAACAUGCAGUGUGAGAGUCGUGGGGAGCUGCUGGCCUCUCUGUCCUACCAGCCGGUGUCUCACCGCCUCAGCGUGGUCGUUCUCAAGGCCCGACACCUGCCCAAGAUGGACAUCACCGGCCUGUCAGCCAAUCCAUACGUGAAAGUGAACGUCUUCUACGGCCGUAAGCGCAUCGCCAAGAAGAAGACUCACGUGAAGAAGUGCACGCUGAACCCCGUCUUCAACGAGUCCUUCAUCUACGACAUCCCACCUGAGCUGCUGCCUGAGAUCUCCGUGGAGUUCCUGGUGGUCGACUUCGACCGGACCACCAAGAAUGAGGUUCUGGGCCGCCUGCUGCUGGGCCUGCACAGCCCCGCCCCCUCUGGGGCCUCCCACUGGAGGGAGGUCUGUGAAAACCCUCGCAGGCAGAUCUCCAAAUGGCACAACCUGAGCGAGUACUGAGGAGGAGAAGCCAGAACCAGCGACCGGGCUGGGACUCAGACUCAGUGUACAGCACACACACACAUCUACACACAUUCACACAUCUACAUACAACACACACACAGACACACACACACUGUUGUGAUGAUAGUUAAACUCUCUCUCUCUGUCUCUAUUAUCUCUCUACCACCACUACAUUCGCAAUGAUAAGAAGAAUCCUGCAGUUCUUUACUUCAGCCAGCAGAUGAAAAGAAAAAGCUCUUUUUCAAAUAGAAACCAUGAAGUCCAUUUCUAAGACUGUUGUUGUGUCUCCUCCGGGGGAAGGAAUGCUCCAAUAACAUGAAAAAAAGAAUCCAUGAAAAAAGAAAAGAUCCCCCUCUCGCUGUUGUUGUCAUGCAGUUCAUCGCAUGUCUGUCUGAAAAGAAAUACAAAAAAACUCAGGAUGAAGAGUUGAGCUGCUGACAUCUUGCUGACUGAUCGACAGGAAGAAACUUGAGCUCUGACAGAACAGAAAGUCCAGUUUAGAUACUCAGUAACACUGCAUUUAACUAAUAUAUCCAGUAUAAUUACUCCUAAGGACCAACUAAGAAACCUCCUCCCACCUCCUGCUCCUGAAGCUCCACCUCAGCGACGGACUUCAUUGUUCGGGGGAAUGAAGAUGUUUUUGUCGGCAGCAUGCAGCCUGCAGAUUCCUACAGUUUCCUUCCAUCCUGCAGCAGAACUGAUCCGCAGGAGCUGGACGCCCUCGUUUUAAUGUGGACUUUAACUGAAUGUGGAUUAACACAAACAUCUCCUGACCCGAGAUCAUGAUGAUAAAUUCUGCUCACGGAGGCGGGGAGGUGAUGUAAAAUACUUGUUUUAGACAUGCAUUUCUCUGAUUUCCUGCAGCAGAGGCAGUUGCGGAUCCUGAUGGUGGUUUUAGGCUCGUUUCCUUCACAUCUCUGACACCACGACGCUCUUACGUUCAGGUGUGACGUGGAAAUUACAAAUCACAAAGAAACCUGGACUGACUGUCUGUGUCAGAGGUGUCAGACUGACAGUAGCUGUGGCUUUGACUGAGCCAAAUUCUGCACAAAGAAACACCUGCAGCAUUAAACAUACAAACACAAAAUAAGUCUUUUUCUACUGAAAAUAUCAGGCAUUUGGUGCAUAGUCAGUUUGGAAAAAUAGGUUUAAUUUAGGUCAGUAGUGAACUAAAAAAAGUCUGCUCUUCAUCUAAGCAAUUAGUUGCUUUGAAAAAAAAGAUUUCCUGUAAACAAUCUAAAUGCUCUACCUGCAGCUUUAUUAAAUAAACUCUAAAUCAAUGCUAAAAGUUCAUAUUUGUAGCAGGUUCGAUUUUAAAUGGUCUUCAGUGUCCACAGUCUGCAUUCAGUUCUAUCAAAAAUAACAAAAUCUAGUUUUGCUCCUGUAAAAUUCUAAAUUUCACAUAUUUGAAGCUGAUAAGUUGCUAAUAUUUUUCAUACACACAGUGGUUUUGUUGAAUUAGGAACAAACUAGGAAUAAUAAUUAUUAAGGAUAAUAUUCAUAGGGAAUAAAGAAUGUGAUAUAUGCGUAACAACAGUCAGUGAGGGCCUAAAAAGAAGCCUAAAUAUCCUGGAAGUUUUCAUUUGAGACCAUAAAAACUUCUUCUUCUGCAGUCACUUGAUAAUCUGAGGAGCUCCGUGUUUUUGGGAAAACCUGCUCAGCUGAUUUUAACACUUAUUUUCAUCUCACAAUGAAGAUGUUUUCAGAAAAAUCUGACCAUCUUAUUUUAAAUGAGUUAAAAUAUAUUAACAGUUUAAUAUUUAAAUUAAAUAUAUUUAUCCUCAAAUGUAAUGUAAAAUGUUAAUAAUUUUAAAGCUUGAAGAACAAAACAAAGGAUCUGCUGGUAGUUUCCUGAUUAAAUGAAACAUUAAAUGAAGGGACAGCUCAGUCUGGGUGUUGACUGAACGGGUCUAAAAGGCGAUCAGCAGCCACAACUCUGCGUCGCUGCCUUACUUCCUCUUUCUCUCUUUGUGACACAUUUUGUACAUUGUCAUUCUCUUCUUGAACAGAUUUGGACUCUUGAUUUGCACUUGUUUGUAAAGCAUCUCUACCUGUGAACAUUUUCCUGCACAAUGAUUUAGUCGGCCAGCUGGUGGCGCUGUUUUCUAUUGAUUUGUUUCAUACAGCCCAGUGGAUGUUUGUCUUGGGUUUAAUAUUUUGUUGAUACACUGUGAGUGAACUUUUGAAAGCACAUUUGGGUCCCAGUUGACAGUUAAUCCACCUUAAAUCUGCUCUGCAGCUUGCUUCUCUUACAGAGAUUAAUAAUGUGUGUAAAACUAAAUUUCACUUUGAAUCUUAGAGACGUAACGAAGCGGUGAAGACACCGCAGCAGCUUUUAUCACCCGAAGCCUCAGAUCUGGUUUGUGGACUGAAGCUGUGACCGACAGACGGACGGACGGAUGGACUGCCUGUAGAUUUGUACAGAUGUGAAGAUGUUUGCUGGUUUCUCUCCUGUCUGAUGUCCUUGGAGCUUUAGUGUGUUUGAGCGCCCCCUGCUGUAGACCUGGAUGCUAACCUCUGUGUUGGGUUUGUUAACACUCAUUGGACGUGCAAAUAAAAAACAAGUUAGCCAUGA